ACGAUAUUUUCACCUCCAGCAACCUCUCGGUGGCAUUAUCGUAAUAAAUAGAAAACCACAAAGGUAGUUAAAUCAAUAGAGAAGGCCCCGAAGAUUCCAUCCCUCCACGUAGUAAUUGAAAAAAGCUAGAAAAUGCUCUGCCGGUCGUUCUGACCCCCCCGCUCUCUCAAUCUCUCUCUCCCUCUCUCUUUUCAUUUUCAAAUAUUAGAGCGUUUCGUUUUUUCAAGUCUCAUCUGAGCUGUGAAUUACUGGCCUAAGCGAAGCUUACUAGGGAAGAUUGAAACCGAAAGCAAAGGAAAUUUCGUGGUGAGCCGUUUCAUUUAAAUGCUUAUACACGUUAAAACUUGAUUUUUAUAAUUUUUGGCGGAAGAUGAAGAAUGCAUUUCUGAAAGCAUUGCUUGCAAGGAAAGUUGAUUGAAAGUUUGAAGAGAAGAUGACAAAGAAGAAGCACCAUUUCCAAGAGUCAUUAAAAUCCCUCUUUGGAAGUCACAUUGAUCCGGAGAAAGAUGAACAGCUAAAAGAAACUAAAACAGAAAUUGAUGACAAGGUGAAAAGGAUCUUGAAGCUUAUCAAAGAGGAAGAUCUUGAAGAACAAGAUGGUCUCUCAGAAGAAAACUCCAAAAAAGAGCCUCUCAUCGAGUUAAUUGAGGAUUUACAGAAACACUACCAUUCGCUCUAUGGACAAUAUGAUCAUCUGAAAGGAGAGCUGAGAAUGAAAGUUCAUGGUAAACAUGGAAACGAUACCUCUUCUUCAUCCAGCUCAGACUCAGAAUCUGAUGAUUCUUCUAAGCACAAAGGCAGUAAAAAUGGUCGUUUGGAAAGCGAAUACCAAAAGAUAAUAGAUGGCAUGAAGCAAAAACUUGAAGCUGCGAAUCUAGAACUUGCUGAACUGAAGAGUAAGUUGACAGCUACAGGUGAAGAAAAGGAUGCAUUGAAGUUGGAACAUCAAACAGGUUUGAUCAAGAUACAAGAAGAAGAGGAGAUCAUCAGAAAUUUGAAGCUUGAAGUUGAAAGAUCAGACACUGAUAAAGCACAACUCUUGGUUGAGAAUGGAGAACUGAAGCAAAAACUAGAUGCAGGUGGCAUGAUAGAAGCUGAACUGAAUCAAAGAUUGGAAGAACUGAACAAAGUGAAAGAUACACUGAUUUUGGAGAAAGAUGCUGCCAUGCAAAGCAAUGAAGAGAGUGAGAAGAUCACAGAAGACUUAAGAACCUUAACUGAUUGUUUGCAGGAGGAAAAAUCUGCCACAGGGCAAGAACUAGAAGCUCUUAAAGCAGAACUUUCAAUCACAAAGCAGCAGCUGGAAUCUGCAGAACAGCAAGUUGCAGAUUUUAUCCAUAAUCUGAAAGUAACCAAGGAAGAGAAUGACUCUCUUACCUUCAAAUUAUCUGAAAUCUCAAAUGACAUGGUGCAGGCACAAAAUACAAUUGAUGGACUCGUAGGUGAAUCGGGUCAAUUAAAGGAGAAAUUGGAUAACAGGGAAAGGGAGUAUUCGUUUCUUGCAGAGAUGCACGAGAUACAUGGAAAUAAAUCGUUAGAUCGGAUAAAGGAAUUGGAAGUACAAGUAAGAGGUCUGGAACUAGAGCUGAAAUCAUCACAAGCCCAGAAUAGAGAUCUUGAGGUGCAGAUUGAGAGCAAAAUGGCUGAAGCAAAGCAACUGGGAGAACAUAAUCAUGGAUUAGAAGCCCGGGUUUUGGAACUUGAAAUGAUGUCAAAAGAGAGAGGAGAUGAACUUUCUGCUCUCACAAAGAAACUUGAGGAAAAUCAGAACGAAUCAUCUAGAACAGAGAUUUUGACAGAGCAGGUCAAUACUAUGCUAGCAGACCUGGAAUCUAUACGUGCCCAGAAAGAAGAAUUGGAGGAACAGAUGGUAAGUAGAGCUAAUGAAACAUCGAUUCAUGUUGAGGGGCUUAUGGAUCAGGUCAACUUGUUACAACAGCAACUGGAGUUCCUACUCGGUCAGAAAGCUGAACUGGGAGUGCAACUCGAGAAAAAAACUCUGGAAAUUUCAGAAUAUCUUAUUCAAAUAGAAAAUCUGAAAGAGGAGAUAGUGAGCAAGACUGCAGAUCAGCAGAGAUUCCUGGCAGAAAAAGAAAGUAGUAAAGCACAAAUCAAUGAUCUGGGACUAGAGGUGGAGGCUCUAUGCAACCAAAACACUGAGCUUGGUGAGCAAAUAAGUACUGAAAUCAAGGAGAGGGAACUAUUGGGAGAGGAAAUGGUUCGGUUACAGGAAAAGAUCCUUGAACUGGAAAAGACACGAGCAGAGAGAGAUCUCGAGUUCUCUUCUCUCCAGGAUAGACAAACAAUUGGAGAGAAUGAAGCUUCUGCUCAGAUAAUGGCCUUAACAGAACAGGUCAGCAAUCUGCAACAGGAAUUGGAUUCUUUGCGGACUGAGAAAAACCAAACGCAAUCACAGUUUGAGAAGGAGAGAGUAGAAUUCUCAGAAAAGCUAACCGAAUUGAAAAAUCAGAAAUCCGAGCUCAUGAGCCAGAUUGCAGAGCAGCAGAGAAUGCUGGAUGAACAGGAGGAAGCACGCAAAAAGCUAAAUGAGGAGCAUAAGCAAGUUGAAGGUUGGUUUCAGGAGUGCAAGGUGAGUCUUGAAGUAGCAGAAAGGAAAGUUGAAGACAUGGCAGAAGAAUUCCAAAAGAAUGCGGGUUCUAAAGAUCAGAUGGUAGAGCAGUUGGAAGAAAUGAUCGAGGACCUGAAGCGAGAGCUCGAAGUAAAAGGAGAUGAAAUUAACACUUUGGUUGAGAACGUCCGAAAUAUAGAAGUUAAGCUCCGGCUGUCAAACCAGAAGCUCCGCAUCACAGAACAAUUACUAACAGAGAAUGAGGAGAGCCUUAGAAAAGCAGAAGAGAAGUAUCAACAAGAGAAGAGAGUGCUCAAAGAAAGGGCUGCUAUAUUGUCUGGGAUAAUCACUGCAAAUAACGAAGCUUAUCACAGGAUGGUUGCAGAUAUCUCGCAAAAAGUAAACAGUUCUUUGUUAGGACUGGAUGCUUUGACCAUGAAAUUCGAAGAAGAUUGUAACAGGUAUGAGAACUGUAUUUUGGUAGCGUCAAAGGAGAUCCGGAUUGCAAAGAAUUGGUUCAUGGAGACAAAUAAUGAAAAGGAAAAAUUGAGAAAGGAAGUGGGUGAUUUAGUUGUGCAGCUACAAGAUACAAAAGAACGUGAAUCGGCAUUAAAGGAGAAGGUUGAGCAAUUAGAGGUCAAGGUGAGGAUGCAAGAGGCGGAGAAGGAGAAUUUGACCAAAGCUGUAAACCACCUGGAGAAAAAGGCGGUAGCGCUGGAGAACAUGUUGAAAGAGAAGGAUGAGGGGAUAUCAGACCUCGGAGAAGAGAAGAGGGAAGCCAUAAGGCAGCUAUGCUUAUGGAUUGAAUAUCACCGAAGUCGCCAUGAUUAUCUCAGGGAAAUGCUCUCAAAGAUGCCCAUCAGAAGCCAGAGGGCAUCUUAGGAGCCCUGGUGACAUUUCUCAUCCCAGCAUCUUCAUUUGGGGUCUUUUUUUUUUAUUAUUAUUUUUUAAACUGCGACGAGUUACUCUUCAUUACUUCAUUUUAAAUUUUUUCCCUUCAGAGAGUUUUGUUGAUGCGAUAUCCUUUUGUUAGCCAGGAAGAAUGUCAAAGAUAGAAUGCACGGGAUUCAUCACUUUGAUUGUAUAGAAUUUCUGUUGCCGUUUACACUUUCAAGUAGGAUUGUGGAAUUUGAUGAAAACGACGAUUGCUCAUCUUCA